AUGGAGAGAACGCAUUUGUUUCAGGUGAUCGCUGUGCGAAAUGGUUUCCCAAAAGGUCCAGGAGGAUUGAAACAAAGUCCGUCACCACUACAGAGCCCACUGUCCACUGAUUCAUCACCAAGUCCGGUGGUGCCAUUCCAAUCGCUCCUCGAAGAUCGUACGCGGAAGCUGUCGCCGUCCGAGUUGCCAUCCGAACGCGGACUCAUCACGUUCACUCUCAGCUAUGAUCCUGUAUCGCUUGCAUUGCAGGUAGGAAUUGUCGAAUGCCGCAAUCUAUGCGAAUUGGUUGUGUCCCGCGAUGGUCAGUGUCUUCUGGACCCAUACGUCAAGCUCCAACUUCUACCAGAACGCGAACAUCGCGUCAAGACCCGCAUCGUACGCUCAACAACGUCACCGAAAUACGAUGAGCAGUUCACAAUGUACGGUGUAACUAGCGAACAAAUUACAGGCAGUACUCUACAUUUCCAGGUUGUUGCUUUCGAUCGGUACAGCCGUGACACAGUUGUUGGAGAAUGCGUCUACAGACUAGCUGACGCUGAGUUAAUGCUCUAUCAAGAGAUGAGAGUGGAACUUGCGCUUCAACCUCGUGCAUCCGACUGCGUUGCGGCUCGAGGAGAGCUACUCCUCUCACUCACUUACCAGCCAGCUUUCAACAAUUUGACCGUAGUCGUGCUGAAAGCUCGUGGUCUGAGCAGGAACGAAACAGGAGCUGCAGAUCCGUACGUGAAGCUCUAUCUACGUCGCGAAAAUGGCGAACGUAUCGUAAAAAAGAAAACGCAUGUACGUCGCGCCACAGUGAAUCCCGUCUAUAACGAAUCGUUCGUUUUCGAAUUGCCAGAGACUAAGAUGGACAACUGCGUCAUUGAUCUUCAGGUCAUCAAUCACGAUCGAUCAAACCGAAAUGAUGUCAUCGGCCGUGCAUUGCUGAAUUUGGAAGACCAGCACGUCGUAGAAGUGCUGGAGAACCCCGGACGUCAAGUGGCACAAUGGCACCAUCUCGAUUAA